AUGCCACUCGCAACGCAGGAACUGUUUGCCAUCUCGGUCACAGAGCGUGUCUGCUCUGCCAUUUCUCUCCUGGGAACAUGCAUAAUCAUCACGACCUUUCUUGCUUCGAGUUCGUUUCGUAAACCGACCAAUCGGUUGGUUUUCUAUGCUUCAUGGGGCAAUCUCAUGGCAAACAUUGCGACCAUGAUCUCUCAGUCGGGCAUUCAAGCGGGGACCAAUAGCUGUUUGUGUCGAUUCCAGGCGUUCAUGAUCCAAUGGUUCAUGCCUGCCGAUGCCUUGUGGGCUUUUGCCAUGGCGUGCAAUGUCUGUCUGACCUUCUUUCGCAAAUACGACUCGGAACAACUACGACGACUGGAGUGGAAAUAUUGGGUGUUCUGCUAUGGCCUGCCGUUCGUUCCGGCAUUUACCUACUUCUUUAUAGAAACCAAGGACCGAGGCAAGGUGUAUGGUUCCGCUGUCCUCUGGUGUUGGGUUGCUCCACAGUGGGAUUUCCUGCGCAUCGCAAUGUUCUACGGUCCGGCCUGGUUGAUCAUCAUCUUAACCCUUGUCAUUUAUGUGCGCGCUGGAAAGGUCAUCUACCAGAAACGACGACAACUGCGUGAUUUUAACGACUCAAUCGACUCCAAUUUCGAAAUUGGAAACCCAUUUGAGCCCUCCUCUUUUACCAAAGUGAGAGAAAUACAAGUGACGACUGAGUCGGCAAUUGCUGCGACUAAAAUCCCUAAUCUUGCUCGUGACAGUAUUGGAAGCCGAUUACAGAGACCGUUUAAAGCCGUUCCAUACAGUCCAUAUUCGGUCAGUGUCGAGGCCGGAGGAGCAUUUGAGAAGCUGAGCGGGCCCACUACUACUUUGAAGUCAAUAAAAAAUGAACUAUUAGACUCAGCACCCCAGCUCCAUGCGAUGGUGGCCGAAGCCAACUCGGCUGCUUGGGCGUAUACAAAAUAUGCGCUGCUCUUUUUCAUUGCCUUGUUGGUCACAUGGGCGCCAUCGACUGCUAAUCGAGUGUACGCAUGGGCUCAUCCGGACUCUUUUAAUUUUGGCUUGAACUACAAAGGAACAAUGGCAGACAAAAAUAACAACAACUACUACACCAACACCACUGACAGCACCAACACCCAACCCCAAAGACCAGCGUCCCCAUCCCCACCCCCACCAGCCCCCGUCCCUCUCACCCCGGGCCCCCGCGCGUCGCGUCUCCAACAAGUCUUCGAGCAAGCCCUCGCGCGCACCCUCCGGGCAAACUCCUACUCAAACUUUUCCAGCUGCUUUCCGACGCCCGCGAAACAUGUCCCAGCUAGUCUGGAAAGCGUGUGGAGACAAUUGAAUGCGAAGCUGGAGGAGAGCGCAAAGGCGGAGUUUGAAGAUAUCGUGCUGGAGCGAGAGGCGGUGAGGCAGUUGAAUGAGUUGGAUCGGUUGGUGGGGGAGGCGAGGUAUAGGAGGGAUAAUGGGGAUGAUGAGAUGCAAGAGGGGGGGGGGGGAGCGGAGAAUGUUGCACCUCAUACUCUAGGCGCGGGACAGUUGUAUCAAGCGCAUUUGACUCCAUUUUUGGAGGAGGCGCAGUCAAAUUUGAAUGAGAAGAUUGAUACUACGAAUGCGGAGAAUGCUAUUCUGGCGCAGGAGAUUCAAGGCCAGAGGGUGGAGAUUGAGAAUCUGAUGUUGAGUCUCGAGUCUGUUGUGGGUGAUCUCGAUGGCGCUGCUGCUGCCGCGACGCAAUAUAGCAAAGAGAAUGAUUUGCGACAGGAAACGAUACAGAUGGAUGAGGAGAUUAAGAGCAGGGCUGAGAUCUAA